ACAGCCUUUCCUUCUUUAAUCUCCCUUCUCUCUCUAUAUAUAUACAUGUUGUUGGAGCAUUGGGUCACCGGAGAUAUGAACCGGAGUUAGUUUCGGUUUCUUCUCCAUCUUCGAAUCGUUUUCUGCUUGUUGUAACUAGAGGUUGAUGGUCGGCGAAGGAGGAGACAUGCUGCAGGAGAUUAUGGAACCGGCAGUUUCCGGCGAGCUCUUGAUUGAGGAGAUCUCGAGCCCCAUAGCGGCGCUGCAGCUUCUUGAUUUCUGCGACGAUGACGAGGUUGCCGGGGGAGGCGCCGGCGAUCUUUUCUCCCGCUCGGGGAACUCCAUCCGGCUCCCUUCAGUCUCCUCUUCUGCGGCGAGAAAUGCCGUCGCCAAUGGCCAGGAGGCGCUCUGCUGCUACGGAGUCGACUCCGCCGCCGCCACUGCUUUCUCCUUCUUUCCUUCCCUGUAUGCCCUCCUCGAUGUCCUUCCACCGCCGCCCGACCCUGAGCCUGACCUCUCCGUCUACCCUUCCUCCGGCAAUCUCCUCCCCUCUCCUCCUUCGGCAGCGAUGUUCCAAGUCCCGCCGGAGUCGGCGAUGUACGUCGGAGACUCCUUCGACCACAUGAUGCUGAAGGAGACCAUCACGGAUGGAUACUCACUCAACCCCUCCAUGGUGGCAGGAGAAUCUUCCAUUGGUCAGCAGCCGCAGCAUCUGUACGAAGAGCCGGGCUAUGCGCCGCCGGAAAUGGUAGGGUUGAACGCGCCUUCGUUCGAGUUGCUAGAAAGCAUUAAUGCAACGCUCUACGGCGGAGCCGACACACAGAGGUUCUUUGGUGGAGUUACGCCACCUGUAGGACCCAACGCAAGGCUGCUGGCCGAAAGCGGAGCUCCAGUGGGCUCAUUCGGGCACGAAGCCCUGCAACAUCGCUUGUUCGGCUCCGGCGACUUCCAGGUAAUCGGAGGAUGCAGCAGCGGCAGCAUCGCGUCGUCGGAUGAUCCCACCUACAAAGUCGGCCGCUUGUCCGUCGAGGAGAGGAAGGAGAAGAUCCACAGGUACAUGAAGAAGAGGAACGAGAGAAACUUCAGCAAGAAAAUCAAGUACGCCUGCAGAAAAACUUUAGCAGAUAGCCGGCCUCGAGUGCGUGGGAGAUUCGCGAAGAACGACGAACUGGGAGAGGCGGCCCAGUGCAAAUGAGUUCGACGACGAUGAAGAAGUAAAACUCAUCGCGACUACUCUCGCAAACAAGUUCAGCGGAGUCAAUUCGUUCAGGAUUUGACUGAGGCAGAAGGAAAUGGGGAUCACAGUCGGUCAUUUGCUAGGAUGAAUGCAGAAAGAGAAGAUCCAAUUUAGUCUUUGCCAUUUUGUUAUACAACUUAUUUCUUAGCCUCAUCUGUGUUAAUACAAGCAGCAACAAAUGCUGAAUUGAAAGAAAACGGAAACAAACUGAUGGUUAAUUCACAGCUAGUUUAGAAGUUGGAGGUGACUGAAGUGAAGAUUGAUGAGCCUAUAAACGCCACAAGGAAUGUCUUGAUAAGUUUUUAGUUCCAUUCAAGAACCAAUAAAAUGAGAGCACCAUUAGUACAUGCAAGAAUCAGCCUCAAGGUAACAUAUAGCUGCUCUUUAUCCAAGUUAACUAUUAGGAUAGGGCUGUAAAUAAAUUUCACAUUCCUGAACAAGUUCAGUGUUCGAUUAAGUAAAAAAUUUGUUUAUGCUUAUUCAACAUACAAAAUCAAUUAAAUGAAUAA